GUUUCUCUAGUUUUGCUGUUUAGCGCCAGAAUCUGGCCUUGGCUGUCCCAGGUUGUUGACCAUCCAGGGUCAGAAAUUCUUUGUCCAGUCGUCUACCACCGCGGGUCAGGUCAUCGAUCGCAUGGGGAUUUCCAAAAGCUGUUUCAGAACUAACAAGGAAGCCCUGGGAUUUCCAACAGGUCCUUGGGUUUUUUAAUCUCAGCAGCACCGAGUCAUAUUCUGGAUCAGAGAUGUGAAAAGUUUCAGUCAGCCAGUCUCAACGCCACUGAGUUGCCGACAUCAUUUCGCAGUUGACAGGAGCGGUUCUUUCUCAGUCCACGCUAGUAUUCAGCCGCCCAACUCCCGGUACAUCCCACCCCCACCCGCCUUUCCUACCAGCUGCAGAUUGAACGUUGACUCGGAAAGUUAAAGAUGAGAGGAAAGGAGCUGAGAUGCAGGCUGCUGCAGAACAUCACUGUCAUAAUCGGCUCUAUCACUUUGAUUUACUCGGCUUGCAGCUCCACCUGGUAUCAGAACAAGGGGCUGUGGCACCCGCUCAAUACCCCAGCAGCUGAAAAUGCUACACUUCACCACCGGCUCAGCCGAGCUGUGGAAGCGGAGCGUGUAUUUGGUGUGAUUGCAAGUGUGAUGGCAAUCACAGCUAUCUGUAUGUCUUUGCUAUUCAUCUUUUGCUGGAACCCAGAUACCAACAGUGAAUCCAAGAUGAAUCCUGGGCGGAUACUGCAUCCAGGAAAACUACUGAUUGUAAUACUGGUGCCAACUGCAUUACUGUAUCUCAUUGCAUGGGCUUUGUUCACCAACCGUCACAUGGAACAAAUCAAGAAUGAUAUCACACAAUUUGGCACUGCAUACUGGUUGGCAAUGUGUUCUUGGUUCAUGCUGCUAGUUAUUUUACCAAUGAUCUACUUGAUAGAGCAGUGUUCACUCCCAGAACCUGAGACUCUAAUAUGAACAGGAGCUCAAUAUUUCAGAAGGGGAUUUAAAUAUUAGAAUCAUGUGAAUUUGUAUAAAGUCUUUCCAAAUACUAAUGGUUAAUGGACCGAGGAUUAUUUUUGUGUACUGUUUUGAGAUUUAGGGAGAUUGUUUCAAAUUCAGACUUCUUUAGGAACUGCAAAAGUGAUAUAAAUUAAUAUUUAUAUACUGUACUGUACCAUAACAUAUUUUCCAGUCAUGACAUCAGAUGCAUACCAACUUACUAAGCCAGCUUCACAAUUUCUUGGGCAGGCCUUAUCAUGAAAAUCUUGCUUUUCCUUCAACAGACUAUUGUGAAGGACCAAGACCCCACCCUGUAUUUUUUUUAAUCAAAUAUAGAGAGAGAUAUGCUCAUUGCUAUCACUAAAAAUUUCAAACUGGACAAAGACCUAGAUUCAGCUAUUUUAGGUCUGUCUGUGACCUUGAAUAAAAGAAGCUACCUGCACUGUUGGGAAACUCGCACACUGUUAUCCCUGAAGAGUCAAAAAUGACCCCCCGUGGGUUGCACAGACCAAAUUCAAAGGGAGCUAUACAAAUGCUAUCUGCAUUUCAUAACCCAGGCUGGCUCAUCUGCUGAGACAAAGGGCCCCACAACCUUUCUUUCAGUUCUUAAUGGUUGGAUAUUCAACAAUCUUAGGGACUCAGAUGAGGGAAACAUGUCCUUUGUCAAAGAUAGUGUGAAGAGGUGGGAGUCAUGUGACAUGAGCCUCUGGCUUUGGAACCAGCAAUAUUGCCUUGCCAAACUGCAAAGUCAAUCUGCCUUUUUACCAUUUAAUUAGCAGCAUCACAGAGAAGGAACUCUGGCCCAGUUUGGACUUCUGGCCCCAUCUACACUGCUUCUACUGAAAAUUCUGUACCAUCACUUAUAAGGCUGAUUCAUCUCUGCAUGCCCAUCUCAUGGUGUGAAAUAAACACCAGUGGAAAAGUGAAUUAUCUAGCUUCGGUUUUCAGCUCACUGACCUCCAUGAAGGAGUACCUCUUUGGAUUUUAAUUCUGGACUCUGGAACCCACAUAAACAAUAUUUCUUUCUCUGUGGUCUCUGUGCUUAAUUCUUUCUUUUCUCUAUCUCUCUUUUACUGUAUUAAUGCAAAGGAGGCAAUAUUGUGACCCUCCUCCCAUGUUUUGAAUAUGUGCAAAUAAAGCCCUUUGAGCUCAUCCUA